AUGUUUGCUGCUAGACGAUCUGUUCCCUCGACGCGGCAAUUGCUGCGCUCCCAGCGCCGCUGGGGCUCUCAUGCCGCCCACGAGCCCGUCAAUGAGUCCUUCGGCCGCAGCUUCUACGUCACCGUUGGAUCCAUCGCUUCCGCCUACGUGCUCUACCGCGUCACCAAGUCCAACGAGGAAUCUGGCUCGCCGUCUUGGAUCUCCAGCCUCAUCAGCAAGUGGUCGCCUUCCCAGGAAGUCUUCGAGCAGCGCAAUGCCAUCCACACCGCUAUUAUGGAGAAGGCUGCCGCUGACCGCCACUUGCUCGGCAGUCAGGCAGCCCCCGAGGCCUACGCCCUCAGACAGACCGAGAUGAUGAACUCCGGUUCGCCCUACAAUGUUUCGCCCGGUUCGCAGGCCGACCUGAGCCAUGUCGUGGCUCACUAUCAGCGCAAGAACCAGGAGAUGGAGGAUGCUCGGGUUGCGCGGAUGAAGGACGGUAAGGUUGUUUCGCUCUACGAGUAA